CCACCCACCCACCACCCUACCCAUCAAUGCUCCCCCUCCGCACCGCCCCAGGCCUUCUCCCCCGCCGCCUCUUCGCCGUCCCCCUCUCAUCCAGAAUGGCUUCCACCGCAUCCUCCACCACCCCAGUCGAAGAUCUCAUUCGCGACAAGAUAACAACCACCUUCAACCCCACCACCCUGAUCAUCCGCAAUGACUCGCAUCUGCACGCCCACCACAACGCAAUGCGCGGGUCGACUUCGAGAGAGACGCAUUUCCAUGUGACGGUAACAUCGCCCCUCUUCCAAUCGAAGCCCCAACCAGCACGGCAUCGCAUGGUGUACGCGCUGCUGAAGGAGGAGAUGAGUCGCGAGGGGGGCAUCCAUGCUCUGCAGUUGCGGACGAGGACGGUGGAGGAAGAGGAGAGGGAGGCGGCUAGAAAGGCGGAGGGAGGGAAUUAGCUCUUGCUUUGCGUGGCCUGGCUUUGCGUAGCUUAGAUGGGGCUUGAGGGUGCAUAUGGGAUAUGGAUAUGGAUAUAAAAUAUGCGAUAGAAUGAGGGGAGGGAAGAGAAAGGGAAGGGGAUUGUUCAGUCA